CGCCGUCAGCACUCUGGCGCUCAGAAGCAGUGAUGUAUCAGAGAACUUUCUACAGUGCAAUUUCAAAUGGGAAACUCUCAUUUCAGGUCCUGAGCAACAUUCAUACUGUCCGAGCCACGUGGCAACCUAAAAAGCCCAAAACAUGGGCAUUUUCUCCCCAGGUCACUGGCAUCUUGCCCUGCUUGCUCAGUGGGGACUGUUUCAUCAGGUCCAAUUCUUCAUCUCCCGACCUCGGAAUCCUGUUUGAACUUGGAAUUUCCUAUAUUCGCAACUCUACCGGUGACCGAGGAGAGUUAAGCUGUGGCUGGGCGUUUCUGAAGCUGUUCGAUGCCAGCGGCGCUCCUAUUCCGGCCAGAACUUACGAGCUCCUCCUGAACGGCGGGACCCCCUAUGAGAAAGGCGUGGAAGUGGACCCUUCCGUGUCCAGGAGAGCACACAGCAGUGUUUUCCAUCAGAUGCUGACCAUGCGAAGGCAGCCUCAACUUCUGGUGAAACUGAGGUCUCUGAACCAAAGAUCGAGAAACAUCCUGAGCUUCCUGCCGGAAACCUUGGUUGGAAGUAUGUGCUGCUCCCACCUGCUGGUAUUUUAUCGGCAGAUUCUUGGAGAUGCACUGCUGAAAGACAGGACGAACUCACAGAACGCUGAUCUCAUCAGUCACCCAAUGCUGGCCUCCUUCCCCCAGCUCCUGGAGCAGCCUGAAGUGAUGGACGCGCUAAGGAGUUCAUGGGCUGAGAAAGAAAGCACACUGAAAAGAUCAGAGAAGAGGGACAGAGAGCUCCUGAAGGCCAGCUUCCUCCUGGUCUACCACGACCGUGUGCUCCCGCUGCUGCACUCCACGCUGCUGCCCCCCUUCCGGUGGGCCGAAGAGGAGACCCAGGCUGCGCGGUGGAAAAUCAUCGCUGACUUCCUCAAGCAAACCCAGGAGAACCAGGGUGCCCUGCAGGCCCUGCUGUCCAAGGACGGAGUCCAUGAGCCUUUCGACCUCUCGGAGCAGGCCUACGACUUCCUGGGUGCGGGCAGGAGGAGUGAUCCACGGGGAGGCCUCUCACCAAGUGGCAGAACCCAGAGUGACCCAUUCUGACUGGGACCUGCUCUUUUUCUGUACAGAUGGUAUUUUUAAAGAUAUAUUUAUCUAAUAAUAUGAAUGCUUUUAAAAAAUAAAAUCAAUUUUAUAAGGAA